AUGAAGCUUUCUUCCGCUCUCUUAGUCACUUCGCUUGGCUUGACGUUUGCUCAUGCCACCAGCGGUGGCCAACAUGUGCCAAAGAUUCUGGGAGUGAGCGUGCGCAAACACUCGAGCGAAAAUCUGGCCCGCGCAAGCGGGAUGCCAACGACCAACAAUGCGGACCAGGACGUGGGAGUUGUGGAGCUGGAAAGUGCUGCUCCUUUGAAGGCUUGUGACGGGAACCAAAAGCCUUCAGGGCCUGACACGUCCGGAAUUUCAAGGCCAAAAGUGGGCAAGGUUCUCUAUGCUGGAGGUGGGAUCUACGACUGCGUUACCGACGGAGAUAUUGCGUUGACAUUUGAUGAUGGACCAUACCUCUACACCAACGAUCUACUCGACAAGUUGAAGAGCUAUGGGGCCAAGGCCACCUUUUUCAUUACGGGCAACAACAUCGGUAAAGGAAUGAUUAACGACCCAGCUACUCCCUAUCCGGCGAUUAUCAGGAGAAUGCAUGCAGAAGGCCACCAAAUUGCCAGCCAUACUUGGUCCCACGAGAACGCCAGUCAGUUGACUAACACUCAAAUGACGAAUCAGAUGGUGUGGAACGAGAUUGCUUUUAAUUCUAUCCUUGGUUUCUUCCCAACGUACAUGAGGCCCCCUUAUUCGAUCUGCGAGAAGAACUGCCAAAACGUCUUGUCAACGCUCGGCUACCAUACUGUUUACUUCAACCUUGACACUGAGGGCUACCUGCACGACGACGCGAAACAGAUCCAGACGAGCAAGAACAUCUGGGAUAAGGCAAUUAAGAAUUCCAAUCCCAACUCCGACAGCUUCCUCCAGAUCGAACACGACAUUCACGGCGGUGACAGUAGGAGAGUGUCUGGGCGACCCGACGGAAAACUGGUACCGUACUGGACCAGCCGUUCCGUCGCUAAGCUCUACCUCGUCGGUAAGAACUACUACAUCAACCACCAGCAUCAAACCCUCGAGCACUUCCACCAGCAUCCGUACCAUCACAAGAUCCACAGACCUUACAACUACCACAAGCACAAGCACUAG